AUGACGACUCUUCCCCCGGGGCCCAAAGGAGACCCUCUUACUGUUGUCACUUUCGCUUCAGGGCCCCCGGGAACGGUGACGAUAACAUCUUUCGCAUCCACUACUGGCCUGAGUACUCUUCCACCCGGCCCCAAUGGCGGUCCGCCGACUGUGGCAUCCACAACGGGGUUGACGACUCUUCCCCCCGGGCCUAACGGUGGUCCACCAACUGUCAUUACUUUUGCAACGGGACCUCUUCCAGUGACGAUAACCUCGCAAGCAUCUACGACGGGGUUAACAACUCUUCCUCCCGGACCUAAUGGUGGUCCGCCGACUGUGGUGACCUUUGUCACAACUCCUUUACCUCCAGUGACGAUAACCUCGCAGGCAUCGACAACGGGGUUGACUACCCUUCCCCCCGGGCCUAACGGCGGUCCACCAACUGUCAUUACCUUUGCAACAGGGCCUCCACCAGUCACCAUCACGUCUACUGCAUCGACUACUGGCCUGACAACGCUCCCGUUGGGGCCUAACGGGGGACCUGCCACGAUAGUUACCUUCGUUACCGGUCCGCCGGCGGCUAUACCUCCUGUCACUUUGACAUCUACUGCAAGCACUACCGGUCUCACCACCAUUCCACCUGGGCCAAAUGGCGGCGCUCCUACAGUCGUUACAUUCGUCACAGGUCCCCAGCCUAUUACGUUGACCUCGACUGGGAGCGUGACCGGUCUUACGACCCUUUCUCCGGGCCCAGACGGCGGCCCCCCGACAGUCAUUACCUUUGCUACCGGCCCUCCUCCAGUCACCUUGACAUCGUUUGGAAGCACAACUGGGCUAAGGACAUUUCCUCCGGGGCCAGGUGGAGGCCCUCCUACCGUUGUUACCUAUGCCACAACGACCGCGCCGGUACCAGUUACAAUCACGUCUACGGCCAGCACCACCGGGCUGACAACUCUUCCCCCUGGUCCAAACGGCGGCCCGCCGACGGUGGUGACUUUUGCCACUGGCCCUCCUCCUGUCACCUUGACAUCAUUCGGAAGCACAACCGGAUUGACUACGCUACCUCCGGGCCCCGGUGGAGGCCCUCCCACAGUUGUUACUUUCGCUACAACAACCGCGCCGGUACCAGUCACAAUUACGUCUACGGCCAGCACUACCGGGCUGACAACUCUUCCCCCUGGUCCUAACGGCGGUCCGCCAACGGUGGUGACGUUUGCUACCGGUCCUCCUCCUGUCACCCUCACGUCUUUUGGAAGCACCACUGGGUUAACUACAUUUCCUCCGGGUCCAAACGGUGGCCCUCCCACUGUUGUCACUUUUGCCACGACCACUGCGCCCAUCCCGGUCACAAUCACUUCGACUGCCAGUACUACGGGCCUUACGACUGUUCCUCCAGGCGCGAAUGGUGGACCUCCCACAGUCAUCACCUUCGUUACAGGACCGCCCGCGGUUACCCUGACUUCGACUGCCAGCACGACUGGUCUCACGACUAUUCCUGCUGGUCCGAACGGCGGACCACCAACCGUUAUUACCUUCACUACCCUACCGCAGCUCACCACGGUUACUCUCACUUCAACCGCAAGCACCACAGGGCUGACAACUAUUCCUCCUGGGCCGAAUGGAGGGCCAGCAACCGUCAUCACUUUUGCUACAGGCCCAGCACCCGUAACGCUCACGUCAACGGCUACUACAACCGGCUUGACAACGAUUCCUGGCGGUCCUGGAGGACCAAACACGGUCAUCACUUUUGCUACAGGCCCAGCACCCAUAACGCUCACGUCAACGGCCACAACGACAGGCUUGACAACGAUUCCUGGCGGUCCUGGAGGACCGAACACGGUCAUCACUUUUGCUACAGGCCCAGCACCCGUGACGCUCACAUCAACGGCCACAACGACAGGCUUGAUAACAAUCCCUGGCGGUCCCGGAGGUCCCAAUACGAUUAUCACGUUCGUCACAAGCCCACAACCGGUCACCAUCACGUCUACCGCUACCACGACGGGUCUCACAACAUUGCCUCCUGGUCCUAAUGGCGGCCCGCCCACAGUUAUCACUUUCGCCACAGGCCCGGCACCAGUAACCAUCACAUCGACUGCCAGUACGACAGGCUUGACCACUGUACCAGGAGGACCCGGCGGCCCCAACACAGUCAUCACCUAUGUGGCGAGUCUACCACCAGUCACGAUCACGUCUACUGCAACUACCACCGGCCUGACGACAGUUCCCGGGGGUCCUGGAGGUCCACCUACCGUGAUCACCUUUGUCACGGGAACUUCGACCCCAGCAGGCCCCAGUGGAGGUACUACUUUAUUAACCACUCUUAUCACCUUCUCCAAGGUGACGGUAACCUCGACGGCAUCUACUACAGGUCUGACAACUCUUCCCGUUGGCCUAGAUGGAGGACCUCAAACAGUGGUUACCUUUGUUACGGGGACUCCGCCUGUAACUGUUACUUCAACAGCAACGACCACGGGUCUCACAACGCUGCCGCCAGGCCCUAACGGCGGCCCGACUACUGUAGUGACCUUUGUUACCGCGGAACCCGUGACAUCGACCACCCUUUUGAGUACCUCUAGUCCCUCGGCACCCAUUACGAGCGAUCUGGUCUAUACGCCUCCAACGUCCAGUACUUCAACCCCUAGCGUCUCACUGACCGGAACCCACCAGGUGAUCCCAAUAUUCCUCACUUCGACAGCAAGUACAACCGGCCUAACCACGCUUCCCUACUCUCUUGGCAAUGGCAACGACAUUGUCUCGAUAACAAUCGUCACAUUUGUGACUGCCCCGGCACCGAUUACUAUCACUUCAACCGGAAGUUCAACUGGCCUAACUACUAUUCCUCCUGGACCUUCAGGUGGCGCUCCUACGGUAGUGACAUUCGUUACUACAACUCCUCCAGUCACUAUCACCUCAACAGGCAGCACCACAGGCUUGACAACUAUUCCUCCCGGAACAGCCGGUGGACCACCUACUGUGAUCACGUUCGUGCCUCGCAUCGGGGUCAUCCGAACUCUGACUUCUACUGCCAGUCAGACCGGAGUCACCACUUUACCUCAAACAGAUCCUGCCGGCACAACCACUGUGAUCACCUUCGUCCCUCCAGCCACUGGCCUCGUUACGAUCCUAACUUCAACGGGUACGCAGACAGGCGCCACCACCUUACCUCAAACAGAUCCUGCUGGAACUACGACGAUCGUUACCUUCGUUCCGCCAGCUACGGGACUACUGACAACCUUGACUUCGACUGGCACGCAAACGGGCGUCACUACUUUGCCUCAGACGGAUCCUGCUGGAACGACGACUGUGAUCACUUUCGUUCCGCCAGCAACAGGGUUCCUGACGACGUUAGUGUCGACAGGAACGCAGACAGGUGUUACUACCUUGCCUCAGACGAACCCAACUGGCACGACCACGGUAGUCAGUUUCGUUCCCCCAGCCACCGGACUUCUCACGACAAUUGUGUCGACGGGCACGCAGACGGGCGUUACUACCUUGCCGCAGACUGACCCUGCUGGCACGACCACGGUGGUUAGUUUCGUCCCCCCAGCCACUGGACUCCUUACGACGAUUGUGUCAACAGCCACUCAAACGGGAGUGACUACACUUCCUCAACCCGACCCAACGGGCGUCACUACGGUCAUUAGCUUCGUGCCUCCUGCCACUGGACUCCUUACGACGAUUGUGUCAACAGCCACUCAAACAGGCGUUACAACCCUACCUCAGACUGAUCCAACGGGCAUCACUACGGUCAUUAGCUUCGUGCCUCCUGCCACUGGCCUUAUCACUACGGUGGUUUCAACAGCCACUCAAACAGGCGUUACAACCCUACCUCAGACUGAUCCGACUGGAAUAACCACUGUCAUCACUUUCGUUCCUCCAGCUACUGGCUUCAUUACCACGCUGGUCUCUACUGCUACUCAGACAGGAGUAAUCACACUACCUCAAACCGACCCAACGGGUAUCACCACGGUUCUUAGUUUUGUUCCUCCAGCCACGGGUUUCAUCACCACAGUCGUUUCAUCUGCAACUCAGACGGGCGUCACGACCCUCCCUCAGACCGACCCGACCGGGAUUACCACAGUUGUCACUUUUGUGCCACUUACUGGCGGCUUUACAACUGUUGUAUCAACGGCAACUGAGACGGGCGUCACUACGCUUCCUCAACCCGAUCCGACGGGUAUCACGACAGUUGUCAGCUUCGUUCCUCCAGCCACGGGUUUCAUUACCACUGUCAUUUCAUCGGCAGCUCAGACGGGUGUUACGACGUUACCUCAGACCGACCCAACUGGUACUACUACAGUUGUCAGCUUUGUGCCACUGACUGGUGCCUUCACAACGCUUAUAUCAACGGCAACCCAGACGGGCGUAACUACGCUGCCCCAGACUGACCCAGCCGGCAUUACUACAGUUCUCAGUUUCGUGCCUCCUAUCACCGGUGCCCUCACAACGCUUAUCUCCUCCGCAACUCAGUCCGGUGUCACGACCCUACCGCAGACAGACCCUGCCGGUACAACUACCAUUGUUACCUUUGUUCCGAUCACUGGUGCCAUUACCACUGUGGUCUCUUCCGCUACCGAAACGGGCGUCACGACUUUACCACAAACAGACCCUGCCGGUACGACUACCGUCGUUUCAUUCGUUCCCAUUACUGGCGCUCUCACGACAGUCGUCUCUUCUGCCACCCAAACGGGUGUCACGACUUUGCCCCAAACAAAUCCUGCUGGCACGACUACUGUCAUCACUUUCGUUCCCAUUACCGGUGCUUAUACGACCCUGACUUCGACGGGAACUCAAAGCGGCGUGACGACACUUCCUCAAACCAAUCCCGGUGGAACAACCACUGUGGUUACUAUCGUUCCAAGCCCUGUUUGUACGACAGGAUCACGAUGGGCCUACUAUGCCUUCACACAGUCCACCGUUGCGAAUACGAGCUCCUCAGGCCAAAUUCCCCAACAGCCCGCAGGGGCCGGAACUGCUUGGUCUCAAACAUAUUUCAACAUACAAACCGUCCUUAACGGACAAACUCCUACUAAUACGGGCAUCACUAAUACUAUCGGAUUGUCGAAUCAGUGUGGUAACCCCGCGACUGUAUAUGGAACUACUGUGAAUGGGGGGAUCUCAUACAGCGUUGUUCAGAACAUUGGGUAUUUCCAUCCCGCUACAUCCGGAACCUAUACGUUCAGCUUCAGCAACAUAGAUGAUGCGGCGUACCUCUGGAUAGACAGUAGUACUACAAAGACUGGCUACGCGAACAGCAAUGCAAAUCGAAUUAUCGAUUACUACGACAACGCCAGCAGCUCGGGUACUUACGUCUUCACUGCUGUCGCUGGUGAAUACUAUCCUUUCCGCAUCCUUUAUGUAGAUGCCCAGGCCUGUGGACAGUUCACCUUCAACCUUACGAAUCCCGCUGGCGGCCUCGUCGUUUCGAACUCUCAGACUGUGGUCAACAACCAGAUCCUCACUAGCUGUUCAAAUGUCGCAGAUGCUGCUCCCUUCGGUUUCUAG